AUGACCAAAUCACAAAUCCGACCACUAUCCGCAUCCCACCCUGAAAUCUACCAGCGAUUUCUUGAUCAAUUUGACUAUACAAUACCACACCUCAACAACCCGAUUAGAGUAUGCCGCCGCUCCUUCGACAACAUUAUCCCGCGCCUGCAUGGAAAUGAAGAGAAGGACUCGAUCAUCAGAUAUCACCUUGAGUGUUGUCAAGAUUACCUUUCCCAUGGCGGAGAGGACGAGCACCUUCAUCCAUUUUGCUAUCUCGAGUGUACAAGCUUGGAAUACAGACCAAUGCCAGGGUUUUACCCUCGACGCGAACAUGCCUAUUGGGGAACAGGUUGCUGGCCGCUUGAACGUAGCUAUUUAGACACUCUCAGACGCCGAAUCUUACCCUACCUCAUAGACUUAUCCGAUGACGCAGGGAAGGAACAGCGCGUUGGUGAACUCAAGUAUUCACCUUUAGCAAGUCCAUGGCCAAAGGAGGAUUUUGAUCGCCUCGAACCAUAUCCAUUGCACUCCGAUGCAAUUAAAAUAAACAUCCGCAACCUAAAACCGUUUCAGUUGGAAGAGCUUUAUUCACUUCACUACAUUGACCUCCGGAAAUUCUCUGGAUACCACAACAUGGGACAUGAGGGGGCCCACAAGGAGGCCUACAAACGCACCUCGGAACAGUAUUGGGAAUGGAAGGAGCGGACUCCCGUCGAGGACGCCAGGCGACUGGCACCCACUGGACGUGAUGAAGCCAUCAUCGCGCGCAGUGAGCCAACACCAGACUCUGAAAGUGAAAGCGAAGAUGGUAUGGAUAUAGAUGAGCCGGAUUACGAUGAUGGAGACAUUGCCUGGUCUCCGGUGGAUGAGAUGAUGGGGCAAGAGGCAUAUGGUGAGCCUGAGGGACAAGCACAGAGGUCCAGGAAACGUUAUUUUGAUGAUGAUGACGACGACGAAGCCAAUCAGGAUGAGACUCAUAAGCGAGCAAGGUUCACAAAUUGGUGA